AUGGAUACCCCUGUUGAAAGGGCUGGUCGACCCGAUCCGGCGGAGGCUGAAAUUAGUCCAGCACCUGACCCUGACUUACAGGGACCUUACCUGGGAAGUACGUCUGCCCGCCAGGUGGAGGUUUUGCACACUCCGGACCCUGCAAUCGCCGGGCCCACGAUAACUAUAACCAUGGAAUCACUCCAGACUCUACUCACAUCCGUAGUCCAAGGGGGGUCGCCCAGCGAGAGAAGAGAGCGAGAGGGUUUGCCUCCCACGAAAAGGCGUUUGAAAUAUACGGACCAGACUGAGCUUGUCCCGGAACGAGAGUCAUUGAACGCGGCAUUCGCUCCAGAGGAGUCGCGAGAGCAUGUGCAGACCAAAAGAAGCCCGUUCACUACACAAAUAUUGAAUGAUGAGCUUCCAGGUUCGUUCCGACCUGUCACGUACGAAUAUCUAGGAACCACCGAUCCUAGCGAGCAUCUAUGCAGAUUUAACAACACUGCGGACCUGCAUCGUUUUUCGGAAGGAGUAAAAUGUAGGGUAUUCACUACUACUUUGGCGGGACCAGCUCAAGCAUGGUUUAGCCAGCUCCGACCCUCCUCAAUAGGCAGUUUUGAUCAGCUCGCUUCUGUUUUCCUCGAUCAUUUUGCGAGCUCCAAGAAACAGAAGAGGAGCACUUUGACUCUCUUCGCGGUUAAGCAGCGAGAAGGAGAGCAUCUACGAAGUUUCAUUAAGCGUUUUAUAACGGCCACUUUGGAGGUGCCUAUAACUUCGGAGGAGGUCCUGAUCAAUGCCUUGGCCCAAGGAUUACGACUUGGAGAUUUCUUCACUUCCAUAUCCAAAAAGCCGCCUCUUUCAUUUAAUGAUUUAUUAAGAAAGGCGGAGCGAUAUAUGAAUUCUGAGGAAGCCGAGCAGGGUAAAGCCGUAGACAAAAUAAUGGAUAAAAGAAAGGAAAGGCGAGAAGAGAAAGUACAGAGACUUGUCCCUUCAGUCAAAAAGGAAGGAUUGGUGGAAAGAAUAACGGGCCCUCGAUUCGAGAACUAUGUCUCGUUGGUGGCACCUCCUGCCGAGAUCUUGAUGGCCAUCGAGAAUCAUCCCAAGUUGAAAUGGCCUCGCACCUAUUCUGAAGUCCCCAAGAGGAACCCGGUCGCGGGAAGUUUUUGUCGUUUUCAUAAUGAUUAUGGACAUACGACAAACGAGUGUCAGCAUCUUAGAGAUGAGAUAGAGAGGUUGAUUCGGGCGAAAAAUUUGCCCGAAUUCGUCAAACCUGGACAGCCUCCCGCGAGCACACCGGCCCCGCGUACCCGGCCUGGGGUUAAUCGAUCGGAGAAUGUUCGAGAUAAGACCGACGAGAGGAAGGACCAACCGGCAGCAGGAGGGAUAGACGAAGAGGGGAUACAGCAGCCACACACCGACGCCUUGGUAAUCACAGCCAUGGUGGCCAAUUUCGAUAUCGCGCGGGAUAUUAGUUGA